AUGGAAAAGCAACUCAGUCCUCCGUGGGGUGGAAUGGCCCCCCUGAAAAGGCAAUUGAUGGAAAUCAGAGGAGAUUGUUGCCACAAUCGGCUCAAUGGUGCUGAGAUCCGCAUUGGAAACUCCCUCAAUGACAAUGGCAAUGCUAAUCCCAGGUGUGCUGUUAUCCAGUCUAUCCCAGCUGGGGCCUCACAAACUUUUGUGUGUAAUGAAAUGGAGGGCCAGUAUGUAAACAUUGUGAUUCCUAGAAGAACAGAAUAUCUGACACUGUGUGAGGUGGAAGUCACUGGUGCUAAUAUUGCUAGACAUGGAAAAGCAACUCAGUCCUCCGUGGGGUGGAAUGGCCCCCCUGAAAAGGCAAUUGAUGGAAAUCAGGCAAGCAUCUAUGGACAAGGAUCCUGCACCCACACACAAGGACAAAGAAAACCAUGGUGGAGACUGGACCUCCUGAGAACAUAUAAGAUUAACACCGUCACCAUCACCAACAGAGGAGAUUGUUGCCAUAAUCGGCUCAAUGGUGCUGAGAUCCGCAUUGGAAACUCCCUCAAUGACAAUGGCAAUGCUAAUCCCAGGUGUGUUGUUAUCCAUUCUAUCCCAGCUGGGACCUCCAAAACGUUUGUGUGUAAUGGAAUGGAGGGCCAGUAUGUGAACAUUGUGAUUCCUGGAAGAAUAGAAUAUCUGACACUGUGUGAGGUGGAAGUCACUGGUCAGCCUUCAGGAAAUACUGCUCCAACUGGUACUAAUAUUGCUAGACAUGGAAAAGCAACUCAGUCCUCCGUGGGGUGGAAUGGCCCCCCUGAAAAGGCAAUUGAUGGAAAUCAGGCAAGCAUGUAUGGACAAGGAUCCUGCACCCACACAAACCUUGACAGAAGACCAUGGUGGAGACUGGACCUCCUGAGAACAUAUAAGAUUAACACUGUCACCAUCACCAACAGAGGAGAUUGUUGCCAUGAUCGGCUUAAUGGUGCCGAGAUCCGCAUUGGAAACUCCCUCAAUGACAAUGGCAAUGCUAAUCCCAGGUGUGCUGUUAUCCAGUCUAUCACAGCUGGGACCUCCAAAACUUUUAUGUGUAAUGGAAUGGAGGGCCAGUAUGUAAACAUUGUGAUUCCUGGAAGACCAGAGUAUCUGACACUGUGUGAGGUGGAAGUCACCGGGACAGAAUCAGAUGAUGUCAUUGAAUAUGUGUGCAACUGAGUCUGAAAUGAUUCCGCCUUUUCAUGUACACGUAAUUUUGAAGCUGAUCUUUGCUUGUUUCUGCUUCUUUUGCAUAUUUGAAUAUUAAUAUGGGCAGUUUACCAUUAUAGCAAAUUUAUAAUUUGCUUUACAGUACCGGAAAUCAAACACACCUUGCGCCUGGAUUUAUGACAAUGUUGUUA